AUGCUAGGUGUCUCACCCGUCCCCAUUCUUACUGCGUCGUCGAUCGAGAGCAUCGUACCUACAGUCGAGCGCUACAUUCAAGAGCUGAACAAGAAGUACGAGAUCAAGAUACCGCCAAUGCCGAUGCCAACCACCCUGGUCGCUCAUGCCAGCACCUCGGCGCCGGCUCAGCCCCUCUCCGCACACGAUGCCAAUGUGUUGACUGACCUGUGCUCUUCCAUUCGAGGUUUGGAGGAAGCUACCAGGACAAACAACGGAAGGGAGCGAUUAGCCGAGUAUCUGGGACCGGUGGUCACAAAGACCCUUGUUGACUUCUGGGAGGAUGAAUGGAUCAUUUGA